GCCGCCGCCCGCGGGGCCCCGCCGUUCCCCCGCCCGGGGCGGUGCCGCGCUGCGGCGCGGGUGGGGCGGCGCGGCGGGAGGGGCCGUGCGCGCCCGCGGAGCCCCACGGAGUCCCGCGGAGCCAUGGCGUACAUCCAGUUGGAACCAAUAAAUGAGGGUCUGCUCGCUCGGAUCUCCGAUCUCUUGCUGUGCCGUUGGACUUGCAGAAAUUGUUGUCAGAAGUGUUUUGACUGUAGCUGUUGUCAAACAAAUGAAGAUGAAGUUGAAAUCCUGGGACCUUUUCCUGCUCAAACUCCAGCCUGGCUGAUAAGCAGCCAGAAUGAGGACAAGGAUGGAGACUCUGACAAUACAAUCAGCGAGCUGCCUCCCACUCCCCAGGAUGUUUCCCCUGACAGAAGGCGGUCGUCGUCGGAUACGUCACGGUCCACUUACAGCCUCACGCGCCGCAUCUCCAGUCUGGAGUCAAGGAGGCCGAGUUCUCCACUGAUUGACAUCAAACCCAUCGAGUUUGGAAUAAUAGGAGCUAAGAAAGAAAUAGUCCAGCCAACUAUCCUGAGAAAAACCUACACCCCAGAUGACUAUUUUAGAAAAUUUGAACCAAGGCUGUACUCCCUUGACUCAAAUAGCGAUGACAUGGACUCCUUGACAGAUGAGGAGAUCUUGUCCAAGUACCAGCUGGGCAUGCUGCAUUUUAGCACACAGUAUGAUCUGCUGCACAAUUACCUAAUAGUGCGAGUCAUUGAGGCUAAAGAUCUGCCUCCUCCCAUUUCUUACGAUGGCUCAAGGCAAGACAUGGCUCACUCCAACCCCUACGUGAAGAUCUGCCUUCUUCCUGAUCAGAAGAACUCCAAGCAGACCGGAGUGAAACGCAAAACGCAGAACCCAGUGUUUGAGGAGAGGUACACUUUUGAAAUCCCCUUUUUAGAAGCCCAGAGAAGAACUCUGCUUUUAACUGUAGUGGAUUUUGACAAAUUCUCACGCCAUUGUGUUAUUGGCAAAGUGUCAAUGCCCUUGAGUGAUGUAGACCUUGUGAAAGGUGGACACUGGUGGAAAGCCCUUGUGCCUAGUUCUCAGAAUGAGGUGGAGCUGGGAGAGCUGCUGUUGUCACUGAACUACCUACCAAGUGCAGGAAGACUGAACGUGGACAUCAUUAGAGCAAAACAGCUUCUCCAGACAGACAUGAGCCAAGGCUCAGAUCCCUUUGUGAAAAUUCAGCUUGUUCACGGAUUAAAGCUGACAAAAACCAAGAAGACCUCCUGCAUGCGGGGCACAAUAGAUCCCUUCUACAACGAGUCCUUCAGCUUCAAGGUUCCACAGGAGGAGCUGGAGAAUGCCAGCCUGGUGUUCACAGUGUACGGGCACAACGUGAAGAGCAGCAACGACUUCAUCGGGCGGAUCGUGAUCGGGCAGUACUCGACAGGCGCGCCCGAGUCCAGCCACUGGCGCCGCAUGCUGGGCGCGCACCGCACGGCCGUGGAGCAGUGGCACAGCCUGCGCUCCCGGGAGGACUGCGACCGCGUCUCGCCCGCCUCCCUCGAGGUGACCUGACCCGGCACCGGCGGCACCAGAACCGAACCGGCCACCGGGACGCCCCGCCUCGCCCCCCAGCGCACCCCCCGGCGGACCGAGGCGCUGCCGGCGCCCAGCCAGCCGUGCCGCCCCGGUGAUGCUCACCCUGGGCCCGCUGCUCCCCUGGGGCCGCAGCUCUGGCUGCGCUCCCAGCUGGGGCCGGGCUGUGCCGUGGGAAGCACGGGGUGGGCGGAGGAGCUGGGAGUCGCCUCCGCCGUCCUUGCAGCCCGAACCCAUGGCCCAUCCUCUCGGAGAUAUCAGUACCCGUGUGCUCUCGUUGGUGAACGUGGUAGUUAGGCUAGAAUAUUUUUUUAAACGGUAGAACCUGUGGUGAAAUCGAUUCCGACUGCAGUUUUUGUCCUUGUGCUAGUUUUAAGAGAAUCAAGCUGCUGUUAGUGUGUGUUUGUGUGGCCCCACGUCGGACGGGUCCGUGUCCCGUCAGCGGUGACCUGCCAGUCCCGACCGCAGUCUGUGUGCGUAGUAGAGUCAGUGCUGAUAGAGCAAAAUAAACAUUUCCAAUAGCAUUUCUACUGGGAAAACCAGCUCACAUCCUUUCAAACAUGUGCUGUGCAAAAAAAAAAAACCCGCUCCAGGGACUUUGGCAGUUCAGAUGACCCAGAAAACACAAUUUUAGUUUCCUCACAGACUGCAGUGGCCCUUUCUGUGUUGUGUGUGUUUAGCCAGGUAGUUCUUCAGGUCACCAAGUGAAUUUAGCUACAGUCAAUGUGUCCUGUUGGUUGCUUCUGUACAUUUUAUUUUUCCACAGCGUAUUGUCUAGUAUGAUGCAGAUUGUAUAUUUAUUGAAAAUAAAAUUCUAUUUAAUUGUGGCACAUAGA